UUCUCAUCCCAUAAAAUUUGGACAUAUUUCAGGUAGAAUUUUGUUGAUUUAGGGUUUUAGCUUUGAAGAAAGUGAAUCGAAUUAGCCAAGCAGUCAUGGAAGCCCAAGUAGAGAAAGUGCAUGUUGCACUUGGAAAUGAGCUGCAAAAUGGAUUUAAGACCUUGGCGUGGAUACUGAGGAGGUGGAAAUCUCAGCCUAUUUCCAUAGUCAUUCUCCAUGUAACCUACAGCAUUUCAGGGAAGGAUUAUGUUUACACACCAUUUGGCAAGCUCCCUGCAAGUUCUGUAAGUGAUGAGAAAUUGAAGGUUCUUAGGAGGUAUGAACAGAAAAAGAUGGACAAUAUCCUUUCCAAGUAUGUAGCGUUCUGCGGCAAGGUGAAAGCUGAAAUACUUAAAGUGGAGCAAACUGAUGAAUCUAUUCAUAAGCUCAUCCUAGACUUGAUUUCGGGACUUCACAUAACGAAAUUGGUCAUUGGAUUUACAUUCAUCAAAUCAUCAUCAUGGUAUGCAACAGGUUAA